AUGGCGCCCACACCUUCAUCAAAAUCGAACCAUUCUACAAGACCCAACACAGCCCACCACCAAUCCAGGACUCCUCAGUCAAAGCACCGCCUUCAGUUGAAUUGCUUGCCGUCCGAGCACCCAAUUGAAGUCAUUGGCAGAAUCAAGCCCAGUGCAAACCCUAACUCAGCCCUGCAAAUCAACGGAGAUGGAAAAUCGGUGAGAGUGCAAACAGAGAUUGGGUACAGAGACUUCAGUCUGGACGGGGUCUCCUAUUCGGAAGAGGACGAUCUCGAGGGUUUUUAUCACAAGUUUGUGGAGUCGAGGGUUAAUGGUGUCAAGUUGGGCCAGAAAUGUACGGUCAUGAUGUAUGGGCCCACGGGCUCGGGCAAGAGCCACACAAUGUUUGGGUGCUUUAAGCAGCCCGGGAUAGUGUAUAACUCUCUCAAGGGAAUUUUGGGUGAAGAGGAAAAUGGACAGAAGUUGACAUUUGUUCAGGUCACUGUUUUGGAAAUUUAUAAUGAGGACAUUUAUGAUCUGCUGUCAGCAGGCAACGGAUUCAGUCUUGGCUGGUCAAGAAACAGUAAUGCUUCUAAGGACGAUAAGUCCAAAAUCUUGAUGAUACUGUGCACGAGUCCCGACCCAAAGGAACUACACAAAACCAUUGCCACCUUAGAAUACGGCGCAAAGGCCAAGUGCAUAGUCCGAAGUCCUCAUACGCCUGUUAAGGAUAGAGCAGCCGAAGAUUCUUCAUCUGCUAAGAUUUUAGGGUCAAGACUAGCGGCACUUGACCAGUUCAUCUGCAAGCUACAGGUUGAGAAUAAAAUAAAGGAAAAAGAGAAGAAUGAGGUAAAGAAAGAUCUGAAACGCAAAGAGGAGGAAAUUUCUCGGCUGAGAGCAAAACUUAUCUCAGGGGUGGGCCAAGUAAGAGAGGAGGAGAUCAACUUGAAAGUCCAUGAGCGUACUCGACUGCUGAAAAAUGAACUCGAGAGGAAAAUAAUUGAGUGCCAGAAUAUGGCCAAUGAGGUUCUAGAGAUGGAGAGGAGAAAGAUGGAGGAGAAAAUGUCUCAACAGAAGAGGGAGGUCGAAUUUCUAAGGCAGCGUUUGGAGGAUAUCGAGAAAGAGCUCCUUUGCCAAUCAUCAGUAGAAAUUGGCAGCGGGAAUUUCAUGAAAAGGCUGCUGGAAGCCUGUAAUGAGGACUCGGAUAUGGUGAAGUCGAUGGACCUUUCCAAAUCAAUCGACAUGGAGAAUACUACUAACACUGUUGUUUUGGGAUGCAUUAACAACAGCAUUAAUGAAGGAAUGCAUGGUUUCUUGCCCAGCAAGGCAUGCCUGACAACUGUGUACGAGGAGGAUGAGUAUGAAAAUGAGAAUGACGAUGAGGUGCAGAAAGAGGUUAUCGAGGAGAAAAGAAUGGUAGUCACACCAGAAGCUUCAUUCUCGAAUGACGAGUUCGAAAGUUAUGACGAUGCGAACAGUUCCCGUCAACUAAGGAAUCAGAAUAUUUUCACUCUCUGUGGGAAUUAUCGAGAGAUCUCUCAGCAAAAUAGUAGCACUAGUAAUGUUAAUGAUUGUGCUCCAGGAGAUAGAAAUCCUUUGGAUGAUGAUGAUGGUGUUGACGUUUAUGUGAAAUGGGAGGCAUCUAAGGAGAAUCCAGGGAAGCUAAUCACAACUCUGAAGGUUUCAAAGGAUUCGAGUCUUACUGAUUUGAGAAAGUUGAUCGAGAUUCAUCUCAGUGGGGAAGCUUUCUCUUUUCUUGUUCUUGAGGUUUUCGGACAAUUAGUCUGCAUAAGUUCAGGAUAUACGGAAACUAAGAUGUUCAAUCAAAGUAAAGAAACCUUAAUGUGUUAUGGGGACCCAUCCAGUUCACCAGUGCCUAAUGAAAAAGAAGCCACUAUACAAACAAGCCAGCUUCCAGGUUGUAACAACCAAUUGAUUGGCGGUUAUCAAGCUAGUUUACGUCCUGUAAAGUCGAGCCAUUGGCCUAUUAAUCGCCAGCCGUUUAGUUCUCUUGAAAACAAGUUGGUGCCUACAACGACUCCAAAAUCACAAGUCACAAAGAAAAUUAGUGGUGGCUUUUCACCUGAGAUGGCUCCUCAAUUGAUAUGAUCUGAUCUCGACACCUUUUAUCACCGUCCAAUGAUAGUAGGUAUUAUGUGUACGCUUUGGACGAACAUCUUUUGAAAGGUUUGGUUUUGUGUAGUAAUUACGUGUUUUUGAGCUUUUUUGGAAGGUGAAUUUUCUAAACUGCACGGUUGAGUAUGCCUUAGCUAUAUGUACUCCUGGUGCAUUAGGUGUAUUGGCCUAAAGACAUUGCAAAUGUAUUGUAUUUUUUUCUGUUGAUAUUUGCGUUUGCUGCCAAAAUCAGAGGUCGUGUUUUCUGUUGGCUGAAGUUGUGAAGCAUUGUAAUAUAUUAUUUAUUUACCUCAAACACUAGACAUUAUCGAAAAUAAAAUUAACAUGGCAGGUUAUUUAAAAAUU